AUUUGUGCAUUGAUUGGAUGCCGAUCGAAUUACAAAAACUUAACUGCGUUUAUAAAACAAAAUGAAAUUUUAUUUGAUUGAAAUUUGUUGCCUUAUAUUCCUUUAUGGUUAUGUUAAGGGCUGUGUAACGCCCUUCGGCGGGUUGGGUAAAAAAAUGAAGUUCUCUGAAUGCGAAAUUAUAACGAAACUGUUAUUGAAAUAUCAAAGGAAUUUACCUCCAGUCGUGCAUCGAUUUAUUGAGGCCAGUUUCGUAACUCUCGAAGAUAUCGAAAAUCGUAUAGCUUGUUGCCCAGAAAGAGAGAUUGAUAUGGAUAGAGUCUUUGAAAAUGUCGGGGGUGAGAUUCUUAAUACUUUGAGUGCCUUGUGUGGCGAUAAUACACAUAAGAGAAUUUCUUUUGGUGAACAACCCACGUUUAUGGCCUAUCCUUGGGCUGCAUUGUUAAUGUAUGAUCAUCGGGAAAAAUUUCAAUGUGGCGGUACGCUGAUAACGCAGCGCUAUGUGUUGACAGCAGCUCAUUGCAUUAAAGAUAACUUAAUCGGUAUACGUUUACGUGAAUACAAUAUAAGCUCACAAGAGGAUUGUGUCGUCGAUGAUGGCUACAUUACACACUGCAUGGCCCCACCUAUUGAUUUGGGUAUCGAAAAGAUCAUAAAACAUGAAAAGUUUUCAAAACGAAAUUUUGACAACGACAUCGCCUUAAUACGUUUAUCUCGAUCUUUGAACUAUGAGCGAUCUGUACGACCUAUAUGCCUGCCUGAACGUCAGGAUGCCGAUUAUUUCAAGAAAUACGGUGUCAUCAGUGGUUGGGGUCUAACAGAGAAAGGAAAAAUGUCAGACGUUUUAUUACACGCUGAAGUACCUGUUCUUAGUUUAGAUUAUUGUCAGAAAAUCUACCCCUACACUCACUUUAAUGCAACGAAAAUUUGUGCUUCUGGUGUAGAUGAAAUUGAUAUAUGCAAAGGAGAUUCCGGUGGUCCGCUCGUAGCGCGUUUGGAAGGUUAUCAAGUAGGACGAAAAUUUCGUUACUUGCAAACGGGAAUCAUAUCAGCAGGCGUGUCCACGUGUGGGGAUAAGCGUUUCUUGCCAGGAGUCUUUACCAACGUGGCUUCGUUCAUUAACUGGAUCGAAGAAAAGCUGGAGCUAUAAUAAAUGUGAUGAUGAAACAAAUAGAAAACUAUAAGAA